AAGCUCUUAAGUUGUAGUAGAACGUCAAAAGAAAUGAUGACGCCCCUCAUAUGAGCAAUAAAAUGAGUGUCUCUAAGAUUCUACAAGACCAGCCCCUUCUCUACUUAUGGAAGUUUUAAAUGAUCUUGAUAAUUAAAAAUCUUCAUGGUAUGAGACUGGGCACUGAGGAGAUACUUUUAAGGCAAAUUUAAAUGUAAAACUCUUUUUUUUUUUUUUUUUUUUUUUUCCAUCAUUUACAUCAAAACAUAUUAUUAGCCUGAAAUACCAACUAACCUCCAAGUUAGCUAGUUACUGUUGAGGCCAACAGUUUACAUACACCUAGGCUACAGAUAUUCAGUUUUUCAAGACUCAACACAUUUCAUGUUACCAUACAUUUCUUUCAGCAAGGCAAUUAGGGCAAUGAUUUUUACAUCAAAGAUAAUUUAAAAAUGGAUUAGAGACAGACAUAUCUCAGCUUUAAUUCACUACAUCAGAAUUACAGUGGGUCACAAUUUACGUACAACAAUUUGACGGUCUCAUUAAACAGUCUGGAAGAUUCCGGAAAUUAAUGUAAUGGCUUUUAGAAGCUUCUGAUUGGCCAAUUGUCAUAAUUGAGAUAAUUGAAAGUGCAUCUGCGGCUAUAAAAGGGCCUACCUAACAGUGCCUCUUUGCCUUGAUACCAUGGGAAAAUCCAAGCAACUCAGCUAAAAAAAAUGUGGACCUCCACAAGUAUGGUUCCUCCUUGAGGCAAUUUCCAAACAACUGAAGGUACCACAAGCAUAUGUACAAACAAUUGUAUGCAAAUCAAAAAACCUUGGGACCACACAGACACUGCAUCAUUCAGGCAUAAGGUACAUAUUAACUCCUAGUUAAUUUGAAUGAACUUUAGUCCAAAAGGUAUAACUGAACCCCAAGACAGCAACAAAGGAACUAGUGAAGGAUUUGGGGGCAUCAGGUAACAAAUUAUGUACAUCAACCAUUAAGAGAGCCCUAUAUCAUCAUGGCCCAAAAGGUUGUCAUGCAAGAAUGAAGUCUCUAUUUUAAGAAAACAGCCAGAGUGAAGUUUGCAGGUGAUCACCAGCCUAUUGGAGGAGUGUUCUCUGGUCAGAUAAAACAAAAAUUGAAUUGUUUGGCCAUAAUGAUCAGCACUAUGUGUUGAGAAAAAGGGUGAGGCUUUUAAUCUGAAGAACACCAUCCAAACUGUGAAGCAUGGGGGUGGCAGCAUCAUGAUGUGGGGGUGAUAAGGGACUGGUGCACUUCAGAAAAUAGAUGGCAUCAUUAGGAUUAUCUAGAAACACUGAACCAAAGCCUCAAGACAUCAGCCAGAAAGUUAAAACUUGGUCCCAACUGGGUCUUCCAGCAGGACUAUUAUUGAAUUUUUAAAAAAUCAUGUCCGAGCAUGGAGGCCCACACACCUAACUGAAUUGGACCAGUUCUGUCAGAAGGAAUGAACAAAAUGUCCGGGAGAAUGUUGUAAGAAGCUUGUGGAAGGCUAUCCCAAACAUUUGAUUCAAGUUCAAGCAGUUAAAAGGCAAUGCUACCAAAUGCUAAUUUUCACCCGCUGUAAAUAAAAGUUGAAAUAGAUCUGUCUUUUGUUUUGGAAAUAAAGUAGAUACCCUAAUUGACUUAACUCAGGAAUUGUAUGGUAACAUGAAAUGUGUGUAGUUGUGAAAAAUUGAGUUUGAAUGUCUUUAACUCAGGUGUAUCUAAACCUUUGGCCAACAGCUGUAGCUAGCUGGCUGUAAACGUUAAUAUCCUAACAAAGAUGUGCAGUGAUUAUUGCUUAUGCUGGGACAUAUAAACCAGGUGAACAAUGGAAUAUUGGUUUCACGUAACUGGACUUAAAUUUAGAUAUUCCUCCAAAUGUAUUCUACAUCACAGAAUUUGUCACAUUAUGAUGUUUCUAACAGUUUUUUUUAUGCUACUCACUUGUCUCUUUCACAUGGCUCAGUUGAAAUGGAGGAUGAAGAUGGCACAUGUUUACUUGAUGUGUUGUGUGACCCACAAGCCCUGAAUGACUUCCUUCAUGGAACAAAAGAGCUGCUAAGUGGAGACCUGCUCAUUAAUUCUUCCUCUGGGGAGCCGUCCCUGUUCACAGACACACCGAGCCCUGUUUCUUUGUUGGCAGACGAUUCUGGCUCUCAUGACACACCUAUAUCUGGCUGUGUGGAUCUCUCCUUCCUGGAUGAGGCCUUACUGGCCUCACCAGCAGGAGGAGAGGAUUCUGAAGAGGUAUGCGAUCCUCCACAAGUUGAGGCAGAAGUGCCACAGCAACAGGAAGUGGAGGAGGAGACAUGUGACAUCCUACAGCAGAGUCUCCAGGAGGCUGACAUCACUGAGCACACACUGGCUUUAGAGGCAGGUCUUGCCCAGUCUAGUGAAGCACUCUCUCUCUAUCCAUCUGGUAUACCCCCACCUUCACCUCCAUAUAUGUCUAAACCACUGAGCAUCUCUGGGGUCACAACAUUGCCCAGGGACACACAAGUUGCAGUGGAGCCUCCUCAACCAUCCCUGUUAGCUGUGGGACCAGGUUGCCCUUCACUCAAGCCUGUACCACCCCAAUUAAUGGGGCUGCUACCUGGGAACGUAUUCCCUGCACCUCCCACUUCUGAAACGUCCUUCUGCCUGAGUCGUGCACAGGGUUCCAACAUGAUCAUCCACAAAACCCUACCAGGCCUUACAUUGAGCCCUGCUGUUAGGACAACAGCACCUCCAGAGAUUAUAUUGCAAAGGACCCCUCUGCCCAUCCAGCCCAAGCUGCCAGUCAACAUCCAGCCUAGAUUGGUGCAGAUAAGCCCAAAACCCUCAGAGCAGAAAACAUCUCCAGGACUUGCUUUUAUUCCACCAGCUGCAUCACAAAAUAUCCUGUUGUCCUCUCCUGUGGGCCCCAGGCAGCCUCUGCCAACACAGUCUACAACCACACUUAACAAGCCUGUGAGUCUGCAGCUAGUCAAUCAGGGAGGCUCAAUUGUCAUUCAGCCCCAGAGUCUCUUUCAGGGCCAAAGCCACUUUAUAUUGCCUAGUCAAGGCUCUGUAAACCAGUCUGCAAGUGUCUCUAGGCCACUGCUCAGCACGACAAACAAUCAAAUGCCAAGCGCAGCCCCUCUGGCAGGACAGCUUGUUGAUGGCUCACAGAUUGUAACAGUACGCCCCAGGCAACUGAAUUUUAGCCCUGUUUUUACCACUCCGACUGGACAGCUCACACUCAGACAGGGAGCUCUCCUGUCCGGACCCCUGCAGCUUCAGUCAGCGCCUCCUACCGUCUUCCAGAUGCCGGCGCAGCUAGCAGGGGCCUACUCUGCUCAUGCACAGGGCCAGCAUGGUGGUGUUGUCCACACACCUGCCUUAGGGAAGCAGAUCACCUUGAUCAACACUCCUGGUGUGCUUGCCCCUGAUAUGACCUCCAUAUCAAUAGUGAAUGGGCCAUCUGUGGUGCAAAGCUUGCCCUUUGUGUCCCAGGCACAGAGACCGAUGGCAGGGGGCCCUGAGGAGCAGCUAAGUCUUCCACAGACCCCAGUGCUUCUAUUGCCUGAGAAAACCGCAGCAGAUAAAAAUUCAACAAAUGAACAACUACAGAGUAUCUUACAACAAGGCACACUGUCUCCUCCAGCUUCAGUGCAAGCUGCUGUAGCCAAAAUGCACACACAGCCUUCCCCAGUCAUUACUCUUUUGCAGGCACCACCAGAGAGCACCAAUUCCCCUGAGCCUGUCGCAUUAUUAUCCAAACACCUAAUUACGCACCCAGAGAAGCAGCAGGCUGUUGAAGGAGGCCAUACACCACCAAAUCAAGCAUUCAUACACCAUCCCUUACAGGAAGCACUUAAUCCUUCAGCCUCUGCUGAGUCCUUGGACAGCCACAUCUCUCCUGCAGCUAGUGAGACAGAGUCUUCACCCAUGGUACUGGCUGUGUGUGCCUCAUCUGAGGUUCUCUCUGUGCUGUCCGAGUGUGGAGGAAUCCCCACUCCAGUGCAUUCUGGGUCAGAGCAUGGUGACAUGUUAAUCUCACCGCCCAUAACCCAGUGUUCUGGAAGUACUCCCUCGACCAUGUUUCCUACACCCCCACUUUCAGACAGACAACCCUCCUCAGCAUUUGUGGUUCUCAGUGCCAAAAUGCAGGGGCAAGAGGAAUCCAUGCUGUGCGUGAGUCCAUCUUCAACUCCAGAAAAGAUUUGUGCUUCUGAGCAACAGCAUUUACCCAUCCCUGUACCUACUAGCCUCAAUGGAGUCCUGGAGUCUGGCCUUAAUGAAGCCCAGCAGCACAUGCAACAAAACAAACUCAGAGUUCCUGGUGUAGUGGAUGAUGAAGAAAUAGUGUCGCUGGUCCUGCAGGAGAGUUUUGAGGGCUUGUCAUCCCAGGACACCCAGGGCUAUGCUGCACUUCAGGUGCCCUGUGUCAGUGUGAAGGCAAGAGAAAGGCUCACUCCAGCAAUGCGGCAGCAGAGGUUCAAGCAGCAGCUUUGUUCAGACUAUGACGCUGUUCUUAAUCCAAAUACUUGCUCUCGGUUCACUUCGCUAGAGGAUGCUGUGAGACACCUGUUGCCCUACCAUACCUGCUCCAGAGCUUUACCCAGUCAAGCUGAUCUGCUAACAGUGGAUAAGCAGUUUGAGAAUGUAUCAGGGCUGCUGCUGAAAUGUACUACAGACAUGCUAAACAAAUACAGGCAGCUCUUACUGGCAGAGUCUCAGCAAGAAAGUCCUUCAGCAGAGAUGGUGAUGCUAGAACGGUUGUUCCUGCAGUCUGAGCGACUCUUACUCGGGGAGGAGAGACGCAGAGCAAGAGGUGAUCCAGAGUCCUUCCUGAUGUCUUUGCGUAAAGCAUCAUGGCACCGUGGCAUGCUGCCUUCGCACCACUCUGACGCCUCAGCAAGUCCCCCAUCACCCCCUGCAUGGGCUCUACACUCAGACAGACCGCCAGGUCUUAAAACAUAUUGCUCCAGGAGCAGGGGGGCGCUGCGCCUUACCAUCAAGCAUGAGUCAGGAUCACGCAAAGUCAUCCAUAACUCUGCCUGUGAUGACACACACGCCCCGACUGGACAUAAACGCACCUUAGAUGGGCAGCUAACUAACAGAGGAGGGAAUGAACAGGAGCGGCAGGAAAAAUUGCUCAGUCCUACAGAGACGUGCUCAGAGCAGAAACAAGCAGUGGCUGGCGUGGACAUGAACAGGACAGCCUGUAAUUCUAUCACAAAGUCAGAGCACAAAUCUGAACGUGCAGAGGGAUCAUUUCCAGAUGUGCACCCCCCAGAGCUUAAGAGAAGCAAGCUGGAUGUUACAGAUGGGUUGGGGGAUGAAGGUGGUCUGAGUGAGCACCUCCAGAGUGCUAUAGACAGCAUCCUGGAGCUUCAGCGGCUUCAGGGACCAGCAGCUUGUCUCAAACCCAAACUGCAGCCCUGCACACUGGAGCAGAGCAUUAGCUGUGUGCUGGAGGGAGAAAUGUAAUACACAGAACAAGAAUUUGCGAGACAAAAAACAAGUGCCGCUUCCAUCCUACAGCUGAGUAUAACUUUAACACUGUCUGACAUCCACAACAGACGCUAAAUUCUUAAUUUGUUCAUUCCCACUCUAAGAGGGGCUCCAUAUUGGCAUAAAAAAAGGACCUGAUGUAAAGCUGAUUAAUUAUAUAAAUGAGUAGACUGGGAGACCUGAUGUGAAUAAAUUGAGUGGAGCACCUGUUUUUUUCUAAGAUGCACCACAGUAAUUUUUUAAUGUUGGAUUUAGUGUUAAGUAAGGAAGCUUCCAAUGUGCUUGAUUUGUGCCAACAUUGACAAUGUUGUCAGUUGCAUUUGCCGAGUGCCUGUGUGUAUUGUUGUCUUUUCUGAAUGUAUGUCUGUGUGUUUGUGUGAUAAGUAUGAUAAUUCAUGUGUGAAGGGGAAGAGUUUGCUUGGUUAUAUAGAUAUACUACAGUUUAAGAAAGUUUGUACACUAUAAGUGUAUAGUAUAUGGAUACUGAUGUCCGUUUCAGCUUCUUUAUCCCCAAAGAACACACACUUCAUUCUGAAAAUCACCAGCAAAACCUAUUACUGCAUUCAAGAGAUUCUUUUCUUAAAAACAAAUUGUCUCCACUUCAUAUUUGCAUCAGUGAUUACUGAAAGUAAGAUGCUCUACUCCAGUUACAAAUUAGCAGGUGUUAUUUUUGUCUGCAGUAAACUGUGAUGCAUCUUACUGUUUAUCAAGGAGACAAAAAUGCUCUAAGAGAUAUUCUAAAAUACAAGCAAUAAUGAGCAGUUGGUCUUGAAUACGUGGUUGUGCCUCAGUCCAACUUCUAGUCGCUUUUGCUUUCUGUAUCGUGAUUCCCAGCCGUUCAUUGCCUGUAUUCUGGCAUUAGAAAAAUAUUAUGUUAAAAAUAACGACAGCAAUAUCAAUGGAUCAUUGGGUAAUCGAUGCGAAUUAGAUUUAUCAGGAUACAAAAAAGGUAUUUUAUUUCAUGUUUUAAAAUUAGCCCUCAUCCAUAAAUCACUUAAAGAGUUAAUGCUGCAUCCAGAAAUACAAAUAUAAUGUUUAUUGUGUUUGACAUUUCUUGACAAUCUUAAAAUUUCUGUUAGUGCUGUAUGUCACACAAAGUAAAACAUUUUAAGAUGAAGCAGUAGGUCCUUGUAAGCAAAGAGUCAGGAUAUAUGGAAUAUAUGGAUGUGGAACUAUGGAUGCUAUUGUAUUUAACACUAACUACUAGGGCUUGAACCAGAUAGAGGUAUAAUUAAUGAUUGACUGUGUCAUUAAGUUAAAUAUCCACAUCUCCAUAGCCUUUAAUAACUAUGUUUGACACAGUCUCACUUUUCAAUGGUUUAGACAUACUCCCCAACAUGCUAUGCACUGGUAAAUGUUUCAGAGUCACAAAAACCAAGGUGACAGUAUAAUGCACUUAACCCUACGAACUGUGACAAGCCCUAAAUGUGACAAGGUGCCAUUUUUCGAUGGAUGAUGUCAUUCUUCUCCUGUCAUUCUCCUCUUUCAGUUUAUUAAAUACUGUGAAUAUGGUAGCAUGUGUUGGACACCGCUUCAGACUACGACACAUUUUACUGACAGAUUGUUCUGAUGCCAAAAUCAAAGAGGCCUUAAUUCUGCAGUACCAGAUUGUAAAAAAAAAAAAAAGAAAAAGAAAAAAAAGGUAAUUAAAUGUUAAAUCCCACCUAAUGACUCUUUUGACCCACUGUCAUGUUAGUCAUUCAUUUGAAACAUAUAAAGAGAAAAUCUUUUGUAUACAUUUUUACAAACUAUUUA